CGGUGCCUGUGCCUGCACCAUGCCGACAUGAUAAUUCAGAAAUGGAUCGAGAUCCCCUCGCUCUGCAGUACUACCAGGGGAAAUGAAAGAUAUUUCCCCCUUGUCGUGUCUGGUAUCUAUGAUACUUUGCAGCACCCUGCUCCAUACGUUUCCGAUUUUUAGAAUAUGUGGUUUUCCUGGCACUGCAAGUGCUGCUGUAGCUUCAUCAGGCAUAUAAUUUGAUGCAAACAUAGAACUGAAAGGCGAAGUCCACCAGUCCAGCCCUGUGGCUAUAAGUAUAAGCAGUUGGGAGACCACAUCUUCCGCGGCUACAUUUGCACAGCACGAAUCUAGGUACUUGCUAGAUAAGUCAGUGGAUAAAAAACCGAGCAGAAUGAAGGCGAGAUUUGCCGCGAUCUACUGUGCUGCCGCGUCUGCGAGCACCAGUAGCAGCUCUGGCUUUCUAGCACCGUUCUCGUCGACACAUUUUUCGCUGCCGGCGCAGCUGCCCAUAAUUGAGGCUGCAGCAAAUAUGAGAGCUACAAGUGGCUCAUCCUCAUCCAGUCUCCUAUCCCUUGCAGAUGUGUUUGGGUCAUCUGCAAGACUUGUCAUGGUCUGCUCCUGGCAAGAGAAAUAAAAGAUCUGUCAUGCAUGUUGCGCUACAGCGCUGCUUUUUUGCAAAGGACAAAUUCACUUUGUUUUCAGGAAGCUUAGGCAAGUCCUAGUCUCGCUCAGAAACUUGUCAGCACUCGCGUUCCCACAUUGGAGGUUGUUUGCCAUUCGCAAAACAAGGUAGCGUCACAACUUGUUCUCAGACAUCCAGAGAUAUUUGCAAUGCAUAUCUCCACCGUCAGGGAUCUGAUUUUCAUUUCUUCUCCACCCGCACACCUUACCCGGUGUCGGCCUCUGCCGCGCCCGUUGCUUUACGGCUUGGACGGCCAUUAGAUUUCUGCAUGGUGAAUUUCAAGUGAUUUCAAGCGCUGCAAGAUAAUAUUCAUACUUCUUCGGGAUAUCGUGACCCACGCGAUCAGGCAACUCCACAAUGCCUCCGGUAAUGGAAGAAUCUUUCUAGCAGAAAAAUGCGGCGUGGGGCGCCACAGUGUGUAGCUGCAUAGUCAGCGCCGUACUCUCAGCCCGACGAGUUGCGAAGCAGCGUCGUGGGGCUGUUGCUGUUUUCGGGGUGCUUUGGAUGGUCGGCCGAGCUCGGGCGCCUGGAGCUAGCAGGCGCCUUUUGCUUCGGUAAAUGCUAUUAAGUAGUUUACUGAUGCGAUUGCAUUUUGUGGCCUUCAUAUUUGCUCGCGCGUACUCCAAAAGUUUGGCACUUUCUUGAGCAGAUGCGAGGUCGGCUGUACUGGAUUUGGGUUUUUGAUUCCGGUGAAUUUUAGAAAUAGGUGGCAAAAUGAGUGUUGGUUUUGUGGCGGUCUGGAAUUCAGAAUCCACCUGGGAGAACCUAAGUUCAUCGCUGGCCGCAAUUUACUAAAUUCACGAAGUUCGCCGCUAACCUCACCGAUCACGGCAUAGCGUCGGAAACAGAGGCGCUGUAAACUUAAAGCGUUUUUUUGAUACAAUACAAAUCUAAAGCGGUUUUCUGAAACUUAAACCGGCUUUUUUUGCACACAAGCCAUCGCCGCCGUUGAAUGGUGCUUGGAGUUUCGAAACAACCCCUGCCUGAGGGUAAUGCAGCUGUUAGCUUUUUUGCUGUUUCUCUUUCUGUUUCCAAAAAUUGAACCCCGGGGGGUUGAAGGCUAAAAAAAAAAGGAAAAAGUCAUGAAGUCACCAGAUGACUCACUUCGCCGUCGCCUCAGGUGGCGCAAUAAAAUUAAUAAAUUUGCUUUUAGGCCUGAUAUUAGUAUUAUGUGGGGGAGUGCCAUCCAUGUGGAUGGAUACGCGAUCACGCACGCACUUGUGUCAUCGCCUGUCUUUCUGCAGACCAUUGGCCCGCCAAGCAUUAUACCUGAAUUACCCACAAGAUCAGCCCUGCGAUCCUACGGCGCCCGUAAAAUCACUGUAAAUUCGGCAGCCCUAUAACUAAUGGGCACCUCUGCCGUGGCAGUUUCUCUGCGUGCGGAUUUCGGCGGAUCCUAUUCUAGGGCUGCCGCAUUCGGCGCCUCACUUCUGACCAGCACUGCCACGGCCUGCUUGCGGCACACUGGCCGGAGGGUCCGACGCGGAGGCAGUAACAGUAGUCGCGACAUCGACUCUGUGGGGGAGAAUAGCAGAACGAAAAUUAUCCGCAACACCGGCGAGCGCGCUCGUUUGCGUCGAGCAGGCGGAGGCAACGACAAGAUGGAAGACGACUCCGACUCCGCGCCAUUGCGGUCGUUCACUGAAAGGCAAAGACACGCGAGCGCUUCACAGGUUCAUAUCGUAAGCAAAAACCACCUCCCUCCCCACACUGAAUAGGUCUACCACUGAAAAUUUGUGCUGCUGAUUUGUGGCCAUAAAUUAAAUCGUCUCUGUCUUGCAAGAACAAGGCAAAUCUACAGACUCCGCCAGGUUUGUACGCGGGCGAUUUGUCAUGUUGCAAGGCCUAGUAGGCUUACAGAGAAGGCGUCUGCCCUCUUAUGUGCCUACACUGAAAGGCGUCGUCUCAGGCUUAGGAAGAUCUGCCUGCGGUCCCCUCCAACUGCAAGAAAAUAAAGAUGACUGGUGUACAACACGCCUCCCGCAUCACAGAUUCGUUUCCGUGUGAAUAUGGAGUACUAGAAGGGGAUCUUUCAUCUUGAUGGCUCACCAUAUGCGCACACAGCACGAACGCGAACGCGAGGAGAAGGACCCGGCAACAAGCUGCCCUUCCGACUACGCAGAAAGUGGCGCUCACGACGAAGGAGAAGCCACCACCACGUCCAGGAAGCAUGAAGAUGAUCAGGGUCGUUGUAUCCCGAGUGAAAACGCCCUCCCCUCUCCAAAGCUGUCUUGCAGAUUUGCUGCAACUACAGGAAUGCUUCUAAUGCGCAUCUUCAUGAGAGGCACUUUACAUCGUGGUUUGGCAUUUGUGAAACUGGAAACAGGAUGAAGAGGAGGAUUUGUGAUGCGGGUGCCCUUGCUGACCUGCACUACAUUUAUAUUUAGUGAGGUCCUCACGACGAGCGUUCUAAUCUAGCGGCUUUUUUGACGCCUCUCAUGCAAAACGCCCGGAAGUUUUCAAGCGGCCGGAAGUGUUUUUUCACAAAAAAAGACUUGGCACCGAAUCGCCGGCGGAUUCUCUCGGUCGCUGCUUGGAAAAACGACGCAGAGGAGCCGGCAAAGGUGGCGCCCUCUUGCGGCGCCCGGCGCAACUAAUUCCGCCGAUUUGCGGCGCCAAAAAGGGGGCGCCUUAAAAUUAAGAAGAAAGCAGGCCUUUACGCUAUGGGCCUCAUCUUGGCCUCCAUUUGAAGGCCGCCAAGUCAGCCACAAAAGUCAGGCGCUUGAUGUAAUCAAUGCGGAGAGCAAGUUAAGAAUUGCGACUUCUGAACAAAAACAAGCAAAAACUACACAAGCCGCCAAAAGCAAAAAGCCAAUCCACAUGCUAUGGGCCUGAUUUGGGGCACCCGAGGAGCUUGCCCCGGUGGAGCCCCCGGAGCGAGGGGUCAUAGCAUGCGGAAAAGUGUUUCUCCUCUGAAGGCAGCAGGGACGCGACUUCUCAACAAAGAAACCAAAAAAACGCAUAUGCCGCCAGAAGCAGCAAGCCAAUCCGCAUGCUGUGGGCCUGAUUUGGGGCGCCCGAGGGGCCGGCCCUGGUAGAGCCCCUAGCGGGGCCAUAGCAUGCGGGGAAGGCUUUCGGGCUUUGAAGGCAGGAAGCUGGCGACUUAUGGCCGUGAUAUCUACCGCCCCCGACCCCAUGCUACUAGCAGUCAGAAAAGCCACCGUGACCCCACUACCCGUUCCCCCGACCCCGCGGACGCGGCUAUUAUUCGCACUGACAGAGAUUUGCUAUGGGUGAAGACUUCCAAAACUUCUAUAUUUGUGUUGCAGACCACUUCCGAUUUGACUCUGGGGUCGUGGGGACGAUUUGACACAGGAUAGGCCGCCUGUUGUCGCGGUUGCACCGCAGUCGGAUGGCGACGUCGCGAGGAGCCGUAGCACCAGGCCCAGAGGAGCUGGGCCACCUGUUUUGCACGGGUGGAGGACUACAGGUGGCGGGCGCGCCGGGGGCAGCUCUUCAUAUUACCAUGAAAAUGAGUCUCCCCUCCCCAUACCCAAGCGGAGACCUCUUGUGUACAGGAACUUUAGUACGAUUUACGAUCACAAAUCACCUUGCCAUGCUAGAACGAUGAAAGUAGAGCCUGUAGUGCUCGCUCGUGAUCCUGUGGGAAAUAAAAAACCCUGCGCUUUCAGCAUGACAGGCAGCAACUGGAAGCGGUAAACGGCAUGACGAAUUUCCUGCAUAACGAGGCCUCAACUUCGACGUCUCUUGGUCUUCUAGCAAAACAGCAGGAGGGCUGAUUUGUGUUGUGGUCACAAAUCUCCAUUACUUUUCGAUAUGGGGAGGGCGAUCGUUCCUCUCAAUAGAGCACGUUCCCAAAUUCGUAAUCGCGCUAGAUGUAUCAAAUGCAAAAAUGUCUGGGUCUGGAAGACUGCUGGACUUGUCAUGCAGGUUUUCCAUGGCCCAUCUGAUCUGCAAUGGAGGACCUAGCAUGACAGAUUCCGCGAGAUUCCUAUCAUGCCCAUCCUGCACGAGAAACUGCCUCCCAACUUGAUCAAAAGUGGACAGCAUUCAUGGUAAUCAUGCAACACAGUUUUUUGUAUGCUUCAGAUUUAGCAUGACAAGUUGCAGAGUUCCAGACCCAGACAUAUUUGCAGUUGAGAAGAUGUGGGAUCCAUGAUGCACAAGAUGGCCGUUGUCGUCCAGAUAUGCAUUACAGAUAUCGAAAUCGCUCUGGGUCUGGAAGGAUGUAAUAAACUUGUGAUGCGGAAGAUUCUGGAACAGAGAAUGAAAAAUGCUCUGUCAGUGUCGUAUAGUGGUCAGCAACAGAAGUGCUAUUUUUGUCUCCAGGAGUAGACGCCAUUUCUCGUGCAAACUGCGUCUGGACCUGGCGAGUCUUCCGCAGAAUGUGUCGUGCCCAGCGUGGUGCACUCGCGCCCUUUAUUCUUGCAGGUGCAGAAAUAGAAACUGCAUGACAAGUAUCUGCUUUGUUCUUCCAGGCCACUCAGACAUGUUUGCAAUGCAUACCAGGCGGACCCCGUCGCCGAAGUGAUUUUCGAGAAGGAGCAGCUGCUCUGCUGGGACCAGGGAAUGAACUGGUUCCAAAAGCUAUCAUGUGUGAAAAUGUCUCCAUCACACAGAGUCAAGAUGGCGACUUUGCUACACAAAUCAACAGAGUACUAGACGUCCUCUGAACAACAGAAGCAGAUCCAUCUUCCAAAAGAACUGGGCAAAAACCUGUAUACACACAUCAACAAGUUUUGGCUGUUGCGCGUGACAAGUUAGCUCGGAGUCGCAGCGUAGUUCUGUUUCAGGUAGUGAAAACGCAUCACAAAUCGACUGCCUUACCCUGAUUCUUGGGGCUACGGGUGAGAAAUACGAAAUUAUUUUUACUCUUUUCUAGGCAUGCAGACUUGCAUGACAACUGACUCUGGGGUGAGGACUUUUUUACUCAGAAAAAAAGCGAUCAUAUUACAGGAAAAUAGUAUUACAGUUGCACAUUUUUUUGUUGGAAUUUCAGCAUCAAAAAGUUGCUCACAUGGCAAAGAAAGCCUAUACAUAGUGCGCAGAUGACUAUAAGGGAAAACACAACUAAAAUGACGCUGGCAUGCAUUUCCUGCAUGACAGAGGUUGUCCCUGUCUGUCUUGCUUGUCUUGCAUCAGAAUGAUGUGUAACUGUAACAAUUUUCUCGCGAUAGAUCAAAGCUGUCCCAGAACGUGAUGGAAAAGAGCGCGGCCCUUAUCAACUCGCUCACCGCGGAGUAUGCAUUGCAAAAGUUUCUGGGUCUGGAAGGUUGUGACGCUGACUGGUGAACCUCGGGGACGCCAGCAAUGACGGCGCAGCAACAUGGCAAAUUUCUGAGUUCCUACGUGUUGUGGUCUAUCCAGCACGACAAACACAAACUGCGUUUUUGCAUCAGAAAGAGAAAGCUGUGCGUGUGCUGUGGGCUUUUGGGUAACGUGCAUGACAGACUUUGGACGUAUGCUAGAGAAGAAAUUAGCACCAACCCACAUCGUGUUAAGAGGAGGCUUCUUUGUCAUCGCCAAUGAUUGCACCCUCUUGCUAUUGCUGGGGUUCACUGUCUCCGGGCAGUUGGGCGGUUCCUCCCUACAAACACAGAAACGGCCAUCGUCGGGGUCCCGGGUACAUUUUGCACACCAUGUACCUGGAGGGCGCAAGCCUCAUUCUCAUACCAUACCAUACCAUGCUAGCCAAGCAAGACAAACUUGGAAUUUUAUUCCAGACCCAGACUACAUAUUUGCAAUGCAUACGGAGGGUAUGGACAUGAUUUCCCGUUAUGUCCUACGAAAUCAAAGAAAAACGAGAUACGCAGGGCCAGAACCAGGAGUCAUCCGCAGUCGAGCGGUCAGGGUCGGCGAUGAACAACCAUCAGAGCGACAGCAUUCAUCUUUUUACGAGGUACUUCCUUAUAAUUAAUGGAUGGGCUGGCCACAAUGUUUUUUUUUCAUCUAAGAUGAGAAUACCAAGCCACUAUGAAUAUCCUGUCCUCUGCGCUUUUUGUUGUCUCGUGAUUUUCUGGAACGUUUUGAAAAAGCAGCAACAUUGCAUCUCCAGCGUUCGCUUUAUGAUUAUUUUCUGUUGGAGACUGACGAGGAGGCUGUGAUGUUAGUAUUUCUUUAUUAAAAUUAAAAGUCUAAUAUCACUUUUAUCGUCAAUGCACCUACUCAAAUUAUGUGAAGAUUGAAAACAAAUGAGUCGAGCGAAAUAUAAAACAAUGCCAAACUGAACCUUCCCGAAUCUAUCGAGCCAGAAAAAUUUCGCAGGUGCAUGUAAUAGCCCGCGGCACAAGUGUAUUCCGGAAGUGCGCCCCCGAAAGCGUAGAAUAUCCACCGCAAAAGUAUCGAACUCGUACCAAUGAAUCACAAUCAUUUUUCGCAUCACGGCCAAUACAACGAGGACACGCGUUCACUUUAUAAUUAGCUGCGUCCUCAGCGUUGAAAGAAGAAACCUGCAAACAAUAUCGUUGAUACGAGAGCGAUAUUUGGGCAGUUCAUAUGGAAGCUUACAAGAUGAUAUUGAGGGACCGGGCUGGCGUUGUGGAUUUUGAAGUGUUGGACCAACUGUCCGAAGCACGCGCGUAUGCACUGCAAAUAUCAAGACUGAGUCCGGAGCGGGAGGUAGAUAAAGGGCAACUUGUGAUGAAGAAGAUCCCGACUCCUGUCGAGGAGGAUCGACGCGAAAUAAAUCUGACGUCUUGCUUAACUUUAGCUUACUAUCCUUCCUCUCGAGUUUGUCAAAAUAAUAAAAAUUAAUGCGCAAGUUCAGCCGCGCACGGAUUUCGUCGGUAGAGCAACUAUUUUGCGCGAUGAUCGUAUCGAGGAUUUACAUCCAAGACUCCUGUCGAGCAGGAUCGACGCGAAAAUGUAUCAUGACCGAGCACGUUGUAAAUCGCCCUGCUGCUUAUGGCCUCUGUCCACAAGAUGGGGCAGGUUUAGGCCGUGCAUGAAGAAGACGGAGGAGCAGUCGCCAGACCUGGUUUGCUCUCCUGGUGCGGUCUGUAGUUUUUACUACAGGCACGUGCCACCUGGGGAAUUCAAAAUUUGCAUGACAAAUACAUAGUAUCCGCUGACGCCUUCCAACAUGACCAGUGAAAAUGUCGGCACACUUCCGAAGGCGGACCGAACAUAUUUGCAAUGGAUAGCGAAGGCCAGCGCGCGCUCUUCGUGCAGCAUGUCGAGUACCGCGACCCGUUGCCGCCCGCUGUGCUCGAUGUUGGUGGACACAGCACACAGUUUUCAAAUCGCUACCUCCAGAGUCACUUGUACCAGGGCGGAAGUUGGGAGGUAAGAAUAUGUCUACACAAAUUUUUAUAGGUAGAAACAAAGCAGCUUGGUUACAGUGAAGAUACACUCGGAAUUCAGCUUUUGAUUUUGCAGACCCGUGCAUCGCGUCGACGUCCUUUUUAUUGUGCUAGGUGCUUGCUCUUCUGGUUCUGCGAGACGGACUCUGCCGAUUUCUGAGUACAGGGCGAAUAAUAAAUUUUAUGAAAAGCUAAUCUGCAUGGGAAGUCCAAGUGCAAGUUCAAAAACAAGCUAGCCGGAAUAUAUAAUAUCGAAUCAAUCCGCGUUUUCUGGUCCUCUUCUCCGUAACAUGAGUAUAAAGACACGAAAAUUUUUGGAAGACUGGUUCUUGAAGACAAAAUUUCUACAGGCCUUCCAAGCGCUUAUGGGUAUCGUGAUGUCGGAUUCUUGGAUGCAGGCCCCGGGAAAACUGGCGGCGAUGGAUCCCAACCCCGUUUCAAGGGACCAGGCGGAAAACCUUAUCGCAAAGCUCACCCAGGAUUUUCUGAAGAACAAGCCACAAUUUCCGCCUCUCGACGGGGAAACGCAAGUAUCAAAUGCAAAAAUGUCUGGGUCUGGAAACUUGUGAUGCUGGGUGGCGUCUCACGAUGAGGCCACAAGUGCUGGCUUAGCAUGACAAGUUUCUGAGCUCUGUAGGUGUUGCCUAUUCUGCAUGACAAACUGCGUUUCCGCAUCCGAAACAGCCUAGGGCCAAGACGACGCCGUGAGGACGACCACAGGGGGCCCGUCUCAAUGAUGAUGAUCACAGUAAAACGGAGCUCUUGGGUGACGUGCAUGACAGAUUUAAAGAGUCAUGCCAGACAAGCAUGACAAACCUGCAUUCUUCCAGACCCAGACAUUUUUACAUUUGAUAGCAAGCGAUCGAAGACAACCACGUAAGAAUUAGUAGAAUUGUGAGUGAAUUAGCUACUGCAUGAUGAAAAAAUGCGUGAGCAUGCUGACGCUGUUAUGCGUUUGGCGCGUCGCGGUUGCUGGCUACUCUUCCUGCUAAGCCGCAGCCUGAGACGCAGUUUUCUUGUCAUAUCAAGGCCGCAGCCGCGCAAGAAUGUUGAAAAUUUGCUUCUUGUUGUUCCACUUACUUCUUACUUCGUAUUCUUCUACUUCAUCCGAUUCGGCAUGCGCAUGAUUGAAGUUGCUUAGAUUUAAUGCCAAAGUGGUCUAGUCGAAAUGCUGUCUAAAAUUCCUUUUAUUUUGAAUUUAUUUCAAAUAAGAAACUACCCAGGCUCUGACGCGUUCCGACCUUGUUGUGGGCAUCACACCGAUGAACAGCAUUUUUCAUUUUGCGUCGAUCCGUAUCCGCCGAGAGAAAACAAAGACUGAGUCCUCCUUCCGACUUUGCCAUGCGGAACAAAGAUUGGUUGAGACGACCAAGCACGAAAGAGUAUAUAAGAGAGCAGGAAAGAGACAAUCAAUCUUUGCAUGCAGGUGAAAAUGGAGUAAUAUCUUUCGUCACUGCAUCAAGGGUUGCCAGUGCUCCCGCUUGUGCUUCACCAAAGUCCGUGGUCACGAUGAACGUACAAGUGUCGCUGUUCCUAGUGGAAUCACGGCAACCUCCAGACCUGGUAGCGAUAAAGUAAUCGACUCGUAGAGUAGCCUGUAGCUGUUUUUAUAUCGGAUACGUAAAUUAUAUAAAUUAUUUCUGCACUCGAUUCCCCGACCCCCGACCCCCCUUUGCAUCUUUCAAAAAAAACGAAGGGCGCGACGGCCACUCCGCUCGAGAGAAGAACAGCCAGCGCAGCAAAAUGCGGAAACUCCUAGCGCGGCCCAGAAGGUUCGGCGGAUUCAACAAGGGGCCUGGGGAGGUGGUUCGUUCCUUUUUUUUCUCCAUGAUCCUCCAUGUCCGAUAGUAUAAAGUUAUUCAGUUUUAUCGAAAAAAGCCCUGAGAAUAUGACUGAACGCCUGGUGCCCUGCGAUAGUGGGCGAGAAGCAAGCGGCAGAAUGAAACGCAGUGACUUUGCUAUUAGAUAGAAAUGUAGCGACCACACUCUCACGGAUGCAGGGGACUCGAUUUUCUUUUGGGAUUCUUUUCCUGGACCGCAAGGAUGGAAUUACAGCGGACGAUCUAUAUGCAUUGCAAGUAUGGCUGGAAGGUUGCAACUUGUGAAGCUGACUCCGGCUUUCGAAAAAAUCUGUAUCGCAUAACCAGCACUAAAAGUUCAGCUCCAGCUCGUGCUACCCGGAGAGGGCAUUUCUCACGAGGGAUAAUUAAGCAUCAAGAUGAAGCUCGGUAAAACUCUGUGAUGCUAGGGCAUAUAUCAGAGACAUGGGUUAUAUCAUUGGUCAUGCAAAAGGUGUAUGACAGACAAACGUUGCACUUAUCCAGACAUAAAAAUAUUUGCAGUGGAUAACCUAUAUGAAGGCUUGAUGACCAAAGUGGUUGGCCACGAUAGCAAGUAUUGUUUUUCUUUUCGAUUUGUUGCCUUCACCCUUACACGAACUACGCUAGAUUACAUUACAGUUGACGUGGCCCUAAAGAAAAACUGAGGACGCACUUUAGUGCAAUUUCUUGAUGUAUCCAGAGGCUGUUAUGAAUGCUUUUCAAUGCGCAUGGCCAGACACGACAGACCACACUUCUGACUUAGUGAUAUUUCAGAACAAGAAUAUGCCCGACAACAAUCUCAAUUGACUAGCAAAUAGCCAAAAAAUGAUGAGAUUAUAAAAACACCUAAUCGAGCACUCACAGUGGUCUUUCUUUUUCGUAAAAAUAUGCCAUGAAGAAUGAUCGAGCAUCCGCGUCCGCGACAUCAUGAAUGUUAUAGAAGAAUACGUAGAGACGAUUGAUACCCAAAAAGUCACGGCGAAGUAGUGCUUGCACCAGUCAAGAUCCAAUAUCUUUUUUUUUGGGACCGAACAACGUUAUCAAAUACAAUAGAUACCUUGCGUCUCAGCUGGGUUUUGACGUUGUGGAGAAGCCCAGUCCAACGGUCAGCCACUACGUUUGGCAAAAGGAAAAGUGCGUCGCUCGUCCCAAAGAUUGAAUAAUUAAAAUAGUUUUGCAUGUUUAGAUUAAGGAUACUGCUUCCCUACUUUUCCUAACCAUACGACUUGUCGACCCCUCCAUCAGGAGUGUUGCCAAAAUUUGUUUUCAAGUACGACUGAAGCCUGAGUGUGAGCACCCGAAGCGCUUUUGCUAUCCAUUGCAAAUAUGUCAGGGUCUGGAAGAGUUCCAACUUGUGAUGCAGCUAAGUGUAAAUCUACUCAGGGCUAAAAAAUCUCAAGGACACAGAAAUCUGUACUGCAUGCGUUCCAAAACUUGGCCAUUUCAUGAUCAUGGCGCACAGCGACGCACUUUCUCAUGCGGGAUAGGUUCAUACUAAGAAUCCUUCGCAAAAUGAAAAUCUGUGAUGUUUUGCGUGAAUUCCAGCUUAUCAGCCUAUCUGCUCCUCGAGAAUAUGCAUGCAUGCAUGACAAAAAACCGCAGUCUUCCAGACCACGCAGACAUGUUUGCAUUCAAUAUUUGCACUCGCAUAGCCAAAUAGCGCUGCUGAUCGCGCUGAUGCGUGCUUGGGAAAUCAAGGAAGUGAAAUGGGACGUGGUGAAUGGUAUCCUGUGCAAAAUACACAUCGUUCUCGUAUUGCAAUCCAGUUCUUGUAUGACAGAUCUAUUUGUAUUAUCUUCUUCCUUUACAUGAAUGUUGUGCAUGAAAAAUGUCAUUUGACAUGACCCUAGAUCUCCUGCGUCCGAAGCUGCUUGCGGCGACGGUGCAAAGGUUUUUGAUGUGGUGCAGUCAGGUACGCAUGACAAAUGCCAUUUGAUUUCUUUUCGUACAAAAAUAUCAAUACGAAGAUGAACCUAUUGCAAUUCUUUUGAGAAAUACGAAGAUCGUGCUUUUGCGAUGUAUAAAGGGAUACGCAUUGCAAAUUCUCCGUCUAGGAGGUCAGAGAAGUUGUAGUUCGAGCGUAAGUCUCACGAAGAAGAUACGUCUUGUAAAUAGUGAACUUGCUUCUGAUGUAGAUCUUCAAUGUGCAUUACCUGGCAAGGCAUUUUUUCAUGAGAUGCGACUUGUUGCACGAUGUGCAUUUGCGCACACGUCGACCUUUUGUUUUUGCAGUACUAGAGGGUGAAUCUUCACAAAUCUCUGCGCCGUCGUGCCAGAGUCUGACCCAGGCUGGUGGAAUACGCAUUGGAUAAUUGGUUGGGCCCGGGUAUUGCAGAGAUUUUUUUACUCGGGAACGCAAAGAGCGACGACGAUCAUAUCAACGAUGCAAAUAUGAUGUCGGCCCACUCUGAAAGAUUCGCGAUGAUGUAACGCCCCCAACUACUUCGGUCGCAAGAGUCGAGAAAAUUCAUGCAACACUGCAAUUUUCUGUUUCUUUGCCUGCCAGCAACGAGAUACUCUUUAUCUUCUAUGAGCUUCAUGGAAGAACACAUCAUGAGUACUAGCGCUAGUCCCUCAGGAGCUUGCUAUGUCUAUGUGCGGCGCUCCGCUUUGGCCGUUGUCUCCUAUAAUUCGAGCUACGCACUGGGAAAUUUCUUAGGUUUUUUUUUGUACAAAUUGCCUGGCAAACUCUGUCAAAUUACCUGGCAAACUCUUCAAAUCGUCCUGAUUUUGCAUGCGCCUGCGAUUUGUCAUGCGUACUUGCGUGCUGCCAAUUUGAUGCGAUUGCGCUUGCAAUUAUGCUUGUGCGCUGGACAAAAGCAUCGGCGUCACGACUUUCCGGGGGCAGACAUAUUUGCAAAUAAUAGACCGACAUGGGGUGGCGUUUCAGCGAUUUUAUCCAAUGCAAGUGCGAUGUCUGGGUCUGGACGACAUCAAGUUGAACUUAUUUGGACAUUGUCAUACAGAUUCAAUUCUGCAACCACCAAGAAGUUCGGUCAAAAUGCAUAGUAGUAGAGAGCGACUCAGUACCACCCCGUGAGGAGCCAAAGAUCCGCUCCUGCCUUUUCUGCUGUGGUUCUCGCAUGAGUGACUAAUUUUUCAUGCGAUCCCGACGGAGCAUGCCAGAUGACAAACUUGCAGUUGAUAGCUUCUCUGCCACGGAUCCCGCCCCGGUGGAUCGGUUAUAAAAAGCGACACAAGAAUAUAGCCUCCUCAGGUGUUACAUUCUCAACUGUCACAUAGCCAACACGCUCGCCAUGCUGAACCUGCGUGGUCACCUUUGGAGGUUUGCAUUGUUUCCUAUUUUGAUAUAGCAAAAUACGCAAGAUGAACGUCGCAUUUUUACCUACAAAGUUGAGAUGCCUCAAGGAAAUAGCAUCGAGAUCUGUCGUCAAAGACUUGCAGUGCGAACGGCACAGGGGCGUUUCUCAUUUUUUUCUCGCGGGUUUACCAAAAAAAAUGAAAACGCUGUCUGGUAUGCAACAGUUGAGAGUGUAACAGCUGAGGAGGCCAUAGACCCAACGCCGACGCGGACCAAUUUAGGAUGAAAACAGACAAAAUAUAAGAGCGCUCGUCGUACGCAUAUGCUAACGUAACCUUUCCAGAUCUAAUAGUACUAGAGAAACAUGCUUUUAGGUACCUUGCUGAUUUCUGUUUUACGCAUAGCUUCCCGCAAUAAACAUAAAGGGUACGCAUCAUAUAACACAGCAACGACCGGUCUUAAGGUCGUUGUCGUGACAUCGAAAAAAUCCUCGGCCACGACAACUUAUUGACGCACUGCCAAGAAUCAUUCAACAUGAUCCAAUUUUUCAACGCGGCUGAUAGUCACCUGGUCUUGAUGAACUAAGUAAACAAGUUGGUUUAAUAGAUACAGAUGUUGCUUCAUCUCGAGAAUAAAGCAAACUUGAUCGAAAAGCGCGGCGGCCGUUCUUCACUCACAGUGCUUGUUUUAUUGUAUAUAUAUUGUCGAAACCCAGGAGGGGAGAUAGAAGAGGAGAUGAAGAAUCGAAGAAGGGCAUUUUUGCAAAAAAAAAAAGAAUGAAUGCUUAGGGUAAAAUAAUAUCAAAGCUCCCUGUAAUCCUGAGUGAACUCUUCUUCCUGUAGAUCUUCUAUCAUCAGUACUAUAAAUCAGAAUCGAGCUUGCUGAAUGUCUCCCGAAUAAUUUCAAGAUCAUGAUCAUCUGAUCGUGCUAGCUUCUUCUUCCCCGACAAACUACUUGAAGAAGGCGCAGCCGAAGUACAUGAAAAACAAUUACGAAUUGAACGAAGUGUAGUUUCCACCGUUCCUGACUACUUACAAAGGAAGCGCAAAGAUGGAAAU